AUGUCAAUAUCGAGCCCAGAAAAUCUUAGCUCCAAGCCGUCUCCCGUCACAUCUGAUACAGCUUUUUGCGGGAUAUCCAACUUGACCAACCCAAUGCAAACGCCAAAGUCGACUGUUUACACUCCAUCUAAUGCAAGCGACACACAUCUGGCGUCCAAGGUCCUGGCCGGCCCGAAGGCGAAAUACGGUCCACAAAUUCAUUUCGUCGACAUGGCCGACAAGAAGGGAGCUCAGCGAAUUCGUAAUACGAUGAACUCUCGAAAACAUCGUCAAAACAAGCUUGACAAGAUAAGAGAGCUGGAGAAGAAGCUGGUAACCAUUGAAGCGGAGAAGAAACGAUGGCAGGGGCGAGCAACCGAGAUGGGGUGGAAACCACCUCAGUAG